AUGGUGAGUUUGGAAACCACUCUUGCUCUUCAGCUCCCGGUUAUCGACUUCACAAGUCGAGACCUAAAACCGGGAACUAUCCAAUGGGACUCGGUGAGAGCCGAUGUCCGGAGAGCUUUAGAAGAGUAUGGAUGCUUUGAGGCCUUGUUCGAUAAAGUCCCUCUCGAACUUCGAAAGGCGGUUUUCGAUGCUUCUGAAGAGGUUUUCCAACUACCUUUAGAAACCAAAAAGAGAGUUGUGUCAAAGAGAAAAUACAGAGGAUAUGUGGGUCAAAUCCCAACGUUACCUUUGUUUGAAGUCAUGGGCGUUGAUUUUGCAGAAAAUCCAGAUAAGGUCAACGCCUUUACUCAUAAACUUUGGCCACAAGGCAACAACAAUUUUAGCGAGGCGGUUAUGUCAUUCGCUGAGAAAGUAUCAGAACUGGACUUCAUGACCCGAAGAAUGAUUAUGGAGAGUUUCGGGCUCGAUGAAAGCUACAUAAAGGAACAUCUGAAUUCGACGAAAUGUCUCAACGAUGUAAAAGAUGGAAUCGAGGUGAAAACUAAAGACGAUAAGCAUUGGAUCAAAGCCAAUCCUUCUCAAGAUUCUUCAUUCAUCGUUCUUGGUGGAGCUAUGCUACACGCACUUCUGAAUGGUCGAGUGCUUACCGGUGUUCACCGAGUGAUGAGGAUGGGAGCUAACAUAAGAUUCUCAGCCGGAUUGUUCUCUGUUCCGAAAACAGAGGAUUUGAUAUAUGCACCGGAAGAAUUGGUUGACGCUGAGUAUCCUCGCUUAUAUAAGCCCGUUGAUUUUGAAGCAUACUUUCGAUAUACCAUUGAGGGACCUGGAAGGAGAGAUCUAUCUGCUCUCAGAACUUACUGUGGCCUUUGA